AUGUUCGGUUCCGGAUCUACUACCACGGCUAGUGCGAUAACCGUGGUGAUUAUGGUCGCGGCAUGUUUUCCCCACAUGCAGACAUGGGUGCAGGAGGAACUAGAUGCUGUUGUUGGUCCACCAACAUUUGAUGGCUAUGUUGACUUGCCUCGAGUCUUACUGGAGAGCUACCGGUGGAGGCCUGUCGGUGGGAACGGCUUUGCUCAUCGUGCAUCUAGGGAUAUCAUUUGGCCCUGCUCGUUCAGGAUAUCGGAGGAUGAGAAAGCGCCCAUUGACCAGCGAGGAUUUGGGGAAGAAGGGACCAGUAUUACGCCUGAUACGUUCCAGGUCAGGACUGGCCAAGCGGGGAUUCGUAUUGCUUCAACUACACAUCACUGCGGAUUGAAGAGCUCUCUCGAUUUCUCAGCUGCCAGGUGGUCACUAUGGUCCCAACCUCGCAUAUCACCCUCGUUCCGCAAAACACUUCCAAGACCCUUGUACGAGCUUGCUUCCAAAGCCGAGCUCAUCGUCUGGCUAACUAGGGCUUUCGUUUACACCAUUCUUCCCGGAUACUCGAGCCAUAUUCCCAGUGCCCGAGUCAUUAACACCGGCAAUCUUGUGAUGUUUGUCGACUCGCUUGUACAUCUCCAUCGGGUUGGAUUUCCACCACAUUGGCUGGAAGACUUCCUCGGAGCAUUACUAUUUAAUUCUCUUGUUACUGAUGUCGCGCUGUACUCCGGAGAAUGGCCUGUCCCGCUGGAAGAACAAGACAAACGCGUUCCGAAAAGAAAAGUCGACAUCUAUCCGUGGCUCAUUGAUUUGGAAAGUAUUUUUGCAGACGCGUAUGAAGUGAUUCUUUCCACUUUGUUCGACCCGCAGACUUUUCCCGCUGGUCUAGCGAUAUAGGGUUGUUCUAGCUUGAUAUUCCAGCGAAUCCUAUUAUGGCCCAGGACAAAUUGACCUGCAUCUUCUUGGUAUUCUACAGUCGCAAGUUCAUCAAGUGCAUUCAUCAUGAUUUGACUUCUGAGAUGCACGACAUUUUUUGAGGGGCGCAGGUCGGUUGGUCAUGACAAGAAAUUCUACGUGCUCACUGCGACCGAGACGGUGGAUGUCUACCAUGGGGUGAUCAGAUGGCGGAUG